GUUCCAAUGCAAAUACUUGUAUUAACAAAAUCCCUUGAUCAUUGAUGAUCUCCUCUCAUCGUAAAAACGAAAAGCUUUAAUCUGUAAAUAUAGGGUGGAAACUAGAAGUCCCGAGAAAAUAAAAGGAGUUUUUGGGAUAUCAAAGAACAGGAUGUUGUUGCUGGUGGACUGCUCCAGCUGUCGUACGCCACUUCACCUCCCACCCGGAGCCACCCGUAUCUGCUGCGCCAUUUGCCACGCCUUCACUCUCAUUGCUCCCGAACCCCGUCUCAUAUCUCACGCGCCUUCCUUUAACCACGCCCCGGCUAGCCCUCUUUCUUUUCCCCACUCAUCCCCUAUACCUCCCGCUCCAUCCUCUUACAUUUACCCGCCCCCAGCACCCUCCCCCUUUAGCCACGCGCCUCCUUCGCCCUUCUCAUUUAGCCACGCGCCGCCUUCGCCCUCCUCAUUCAACCAAGCAUCGUCUCCUUUCACUCACGCGCCACCGUCUCCGUACAAUCACGCGCCUUCGGGUCCGCCGCCGCCGGUACACGGGCAGAAGCGAGCGGUGAUCGUGGGGGUUUCUUAUAAGAAUACAAAGGACGAACUAAAAGGAUGUAUCAAUGACGCAAAAUGCAUGAAGUUCAUGUUGAUGAAGCGUUUCCAAUUCCCCGAAUCUUGCAUUCUUAUGCUCAACGAAGAAGAAUCGGACCCAUUGAGAUGGCCAACGAAGAACAACAUAACAAUGGCGAUGCAUUGGCUAGUUCUAAGCUGCAAACCGGGAGAUUCCCUCGUCUUCCAUUUCUCUGGUCACGGCAACAACCAGACGGACUACAACGACGACGAGAUCGACGGCUUUGACGAGACUCUUCUCCCGAUGGACCACAGGACUUCAGGUGUCAUCGUGGAUGACGAGAUCAAUGCUACGAUCGUACGGCCUCUCCCUUAUGGAGUCAAGCUCCAUGCCAUCAUUGACGCUUGUCAUAGUGGUACCGUCUUGGACCUGCCCUAUCUUUGUAGAAUGGAUAGGCUCGGAAACUACGAAUGGGAGGAUCAUCGGCCUCCAUCAGGAAUGUGGAAAGGUACGAGUGGCGGUGAAGUCUUCUCCUUCACAGGCUGCGAUGAUGACCAGACCUCUGCUGACACUCCGCAAUUGUCAGGGAAUGCGUGGACAGGGGCAAUGACGUAUGCAUUCAUUCAGGCCAUAGAACGUGGCCAUGGGACGACAUAUGGGUGCUUACUGAAUGCGAUGAGAUCAACGGUUCACGAGAUUUUUGACAAAAACAAAGGUAGAGAGCUUGUGGAAGUGGAAGGCGGUGAUUUUCUCACUACUCUUCUUGGUUUGCUCAUCUUAGGCGCUACUCCUCCUGAUGAAGAAGACGAAGUAAACCAAGCCCCCCAAAAAACUCAGGAACCACAGUUGAGCGGUAACGAGGCAUUUGAUGUGUAUGGGAAGACCUUCUCUUUAUAACAAACAAUAUAUCAACAUAAAAAAGAAGAGUAUGAAAUUUCAGAAAAUCAGCAAAAUUCUUUAUUGAGCUCUGAGUGAAGAUAUAUGGUCCUUUUCAAGAAGUGAAAAUAAUAGUUGUGAGACUUCAUCUUUCAAAAGUACUAUCAAGUUAAAUACUAAUAUUGCCAUAUCAGCAUUAUGGUGUACACAUCCUAAUUUUAAUGAAAUCAGACAAACAAAAACACGAAUGCAGUGUCAAUUUCUCAUAA